AUGACUCCGUCUGCUUUUGUUUCUUGCCUUUGCUUGUCCUCCCUGACGACGGGCGAUUCUGCUCGCUCUGGCAGCAAUCCCCUGCAGCUGUCCUCUGCAGAGACAGUGCUGGGCGCGUACAUCUUCCACCGCCAUGGCGACCGCACCUCCAAGAGCACGCCGCCCACGGUGCUGACCGAUCUCGGGUACAGCGAGGUGUUUGCCCGCGGCUCCUACUACCACAGCCGCUACAUCGCCGCCGGCUCGCCGUCGCAGAUCUUGGGCAUCGAGACGGAUAUCGUCAAGCUGUCCCAGCUCAGCGUGUCGUCGCCGUCGGACAGCGUGCUGCAGAACUCGGCCACCGGCUGGCUCCAGGGUCUGUAUCCUCCCGUGGGCUCGUCCGCCAACCAGACCCUCCGCAAUGGAACCACGGUGGACGUGCCAUUGAACGGAUAUCAGCUCAUCCCCAUCUCGCUGCUGUCGUCUGGAAGUGGCAGCGAGAACUCUGCGUGGCUGCAGGGAUCGACUGGCUGCUUGAAGGCCGAACUCAGCAGCAACGAGUACUUCUCGUCCGACUCGUACAACAGCCUGCUGGCGUCGACGGCCGACUUUUACAAGUCGUUGGCGCCCAUGAUCAACAGCACCUUCACGUCGUCCCAGAUGAACUUCAAGAACGCAUACACCAUCUACGACUAUCUCAAUGUGGGCUCCAUCCACAACUCGACCACUGAGUAUCCGGCCCUGGACGCGCUGACGCCGGACCUGCUUCACCAGCUCCUUGUCCUGGCUAACAUCCACGAGUACAAUCUGGCCUACAAUGCCUCCGAUCCAGUGCGUGCUAUCGCCGGUGCCGUGCUGGCCGGGCAGGUUGUCCAGGCGCUGAAUGAGACCAUCACCUCCGGGGGGCAGUCCAAGCUCGGCGUGCAGUUUGGCUCGUAUGCGACCUUCCUGUCCUACUUUGGCCUGGCGCAGCUGCCGUCUCUCGGGCCUGAAUGGGAGGGCAUGCCCGACUACGCGUCGUCCAUGGUGUGGGAGCUGGUGACCAAUUCCUCGACAUCGAGCGGCUUCCCGCCGGCGUCAGAGAUCAGCGUCCGCUUCCUCUUCCACAACGGCACCUCGGCCAGCUCGCCGGAGCCGACUGCCUACCCGCUGUUCGGGCAGUCCAGCACCGUGCUGUCGUGGUCGGACUUUGUCGACCACACGAACAAGUUCGCCAUCUCGAGCCAGAGCCAGUGGUGUCAAGCGUGCGGCAACACGACGGGGGUGUGUGCUGGAGCAGGCGAUGCGUCGACGAGCUCCAGCUCGCCAGCUGCUUCUAGCGUCAGCUCGAGUUCAGGCGGCAUUUCGCGGGCGGUUGCGGGAGUGAUCGGAGCGAUGGUGACGCUGGGAGUGAUCCUCGGCGUGGAGGCCUUGAUUCUGGUCGUGGGUGGAUUCCGGCUGACCAAGAAGAGGGCUGUCGUUGGUAACGCUGCAGUAGCAACAGCGACGGCUGAGAAGGCAUGA